GAAUUCUCGAAUUGAACCUAGAUCUGACAGUAGCCAACAAGAUGAAAGUUUUAAAAAGUAUUUUAUUGGCAGAGUCGGCUACGUUUUUGUCAUAGCCAUUUCUCUAAUGUAAACCGUUUGUUUUGUCGUAUAAAAAAAAUCGCACAAAUGAAUAGAUUCGAGCCACCACAAAGAGUCUAUGAUUUAAGCAAAACAAAGCUGGGCUUUUUGGACACACUUUCGUACGAGAUUUCAGCGAAACGCGAGACUUCGGAGGUUACCAAGGAGACAACAGCAGCGUUUGGUAUCUGUAUUGAGGAAGAGGUGUUUUCUGUCUCUGGUGAUGUUUGUGCUGAGUUGAUAGUAGUUUGCCGCAUGGAGCUGCCGGGCACGAUAAGAAGACGAUUAGAAGACUUUUCUCGAAAUGUAUUAUUCGAGCAGAAUCGGACUGAAACUAUCACAAAGGAGAAUGACUCGUUUUCUCCUCACGGUAAACUCAGGCUGCUGCCGUUGAAAUGAUUCAGCCUCAAUGUUAGCGUAGUUAGCUCACAGGCGAUGGUUAAACUUGGUCAGACACAUAGUACCACAGCAUAUUUCUGCCGAAAUUGUGUCAUCUAUCCAGUCAACGUGUGUUGUUUCUCUGUUUUCAGACAAGCGGGUGUUGUCCGGUCUCCCCCUCCAGAUGUCUCUGUACUUUAACAUGUGGUUCUUCCCCCUGUGGUGGAUCUGCGAAACUGUAAUGCUGCACCUCAAGGUAAAGGGCGAACAACAAUAAUAAUGAUAUGAGAGGAAAAUAGAGGUGCAUAGGUGUUGUAAGAAAUGCGCAAAUUACCCUAUUAGAUUCAUAUAUUUCUUGAUCUUCAUUUGUCAUUUAACAGCAACAACACCAGAUAGACGGAUGGGUGUCAUACUAAAGCAAAUGCAUGAGAACUAAGGUUUUUGAUUAUCUGUGCAAAGUGGAUCUCGUUUCAGCCAAAGUUGCAAGGCCUUCAUCAAGUAAUACCCAUUCCUCCUUUUCACCACCUGAUUGAUCACGUUAGAUAUUUGUAGUUUAUGUAUAUUACUUUCUCUACAGGAAAGGUUUUGGCAUCAGCCUUAUCAUGCAUACACCACUUGAUCUGUUGGUCUUUUUUGAUAUUCAGAUUAUGUAUUGCAGGUUUUUUUCCAAGCAUAUAAACACACACCACAAAUUGACAAGUUAUAUUCAAACUUCAAAAGCACAUACAGUACAGGCCAAAAGUCUGGACACACCUUCUCAUUCAAUGUCUUUUCUUUAUUUUUUUUAUAUGACUAUUUACAUUAUAGAUUAUCACUGCCAUCAAAAAUAUGAAUGAACACAUGUGGAAUUUUUUACUUAUAAAAAAAUGUGAAAUAACUGAAAACAUGUCUUAUAUUAUAGUUUCUUUAAAAUAGCCACCCUUUGCUCUUGAUGACAGAAGUACUUAGGUGACUGAAGUAACCCUGAUAAGGCACACCUGUGAAGUAAAAACCAUUUCAGGUGACUACCUCAUGAAGCUCAUUGAGAGAACAGCAAAAGCAAAGGGUGGCUACUUUCAGAAUUCUAAAAUAUAAAACAUGUUUUCAGUUAUUUCACAUUUUUUUCUUAAGCACAUGAUUCCACAUGUGUUCAUUCAUAGUUUUGAUGCCUUCACUGAGAAUCUACAAUUUAAAUAGUAAUGAGAAUAAAGAAAAUGCAUGAUCACCUGUUUAGUACAAAUGACAGUACAUAUGACAGUAAAAAUUACAGAACAACUGAGCAUCAGAUAUCAUUGUAGCCUUCACUAAUUAUUUCCAAAUUGAUCUAGAUAGAUCUGAAUACUUUAGGAUUGUUAUUAAUAUUUUUAACCCCCAAAAUUUACCUGUAAGAAAAGUAUUAAAUUAAUUGUGUUAUUCUUAUUUUGUAAUGAUUUCUUCUAGUACCCUGCCUUACCAGACUACUACAAGUUCAUCCUAGUAACUGUUCUCAUCCUGAUGACUCUGAUCGAGGCCAUCAGACUAUUUCUUGGUUAUGCUGGGAACCUACAGGAAAAGGUUUGUUCAUCACAUACAGAAGCAUUAUUACAUGAAUGUAUGAACACACCACUUUGAAUAGAGAAAUGAGUGACUUGUGUAUGUGUAUGUUUGUGAAAGGUCCCAGAGUUAGCUGGAUUUUGGCUGCUGAGCAUCCUGCUGCAGUUUCCACUGAUCCUGUUUCAGCUCUUCAACGAAGCCAUUCUCAUACAGCCGCUUGAGAGGGGCGUUCACAUAGUUCUUGCCUUAUUUUUACUCUCACAGGUAAAAAGAAAACAGCUUGCUAGGGUGUUUGAUUAUACAGCUUCCAUUCCAUGUAAAUGUUUUGAUCUAAUCUUUUUCUCUGGUUUAUGCAGGCCCUCUUUGGUUUUGUGACACUGCGGGAUAUGGUCAGGCACACAGAGAGUCAGUUUCACCUCCGACAAUUCAACUGACUCACAGGCUGACAAGGGAAAACUUAACAUGUACAGGAGAUGUUUGGGACUCACAAACACAAUAUGAAGAACAUAACUAUUUGGGGAUGUUUUCAGUCUUAUUAUGUGGUUUUGUUAAAUGAUUUUGUAGUGAUUCUCCUGAGAACAUGCAUUAUUUAAAUUACUUUUCAAAAAAGUUAUAUGGUAUAAGUAUUCAUGCUAUAAACAAAGAGGCACAAACAUUUCCUAAGUUAUGUCAAAUUUUAAGAGUAUUGCUCACUGCUGAUCGUAUCUCUGCCUAUUCUGUAUAUUUCAGCAAAAAGUGUUAGGAAAGCUCAAACUGAAAUAUGGCCAGCAAAAGCCGCACACUGGCUGCACCUUGUAUCAAUUGAUAUAUUUUUCUCAAUAUGAAAAAGAGUUGACUCCUUCCUUUGUAACAUUUUCAUAGAAUUGACAUUUUUGAACACCAGAUAUCAAAUGUUGCAGAAGGUGUUGAGAUGAGUCUGCAGUGACUUUCAAUGACUUUUUGUUAUCAAGACUAUGUGCUUUUUUUAAGGAUUAAAGAUUGUCACUCACAGAUUGUU